AUGUCUUCGUUCAGCCCCACCCAGAUCUUCGAGGAGGGCACGACACAGGAAAAGGGAGAGAAUGCCCGCCUCGCGGCCUUCGUCGGUGCUAUCGCCGUUGGUGACCUGGUGAAGAGCACACUCGGGCCGAAGGGCAUGGACAAGAUCUUGCAGUCGGCGUCAACCGGCGAGAUCAUGGUCACCAACGAUGGUGCGACAAUCCUUAAGGCUAUCGCUCUCGACAACGCGGCAGCGAAGGUGCUCGUCAACAUCUCCAAGGUUCAAGACGACGAAGUUGGUGAUGGGACCACAUCUGUGACGGUUCUCGCAGCAGAACUCCUGCGCGAGGCCGAGCAGCUGGUUGCCAAGAAGAUUCACCCCCAGACCAUUAUCGAAGGUUACCGGAUAGCCAGCAAAGCAGCAUUGACGGCACUGGAAGCGUCGGCGGUGGACUAUAGCAAGAACCCGGAUGCUUUCAAGAAGGACCUCCAAGCGAUCGCCCGGACCACCCUCAGCUCCAAGGUGCUCGCCCAGGACCGUGACCACUUCUCCCGGCUAGCCGUCGAUGCCGUACUGCGGCUGAAGGGCUCGUCAGAUCUCAGCAACAUCCAGAUCAUCAAGAAGGCCGGCGGCAAGCUCAGCGAGUCAUACCUCGACGAGGGUUUCAUCCUGGACAAGAAGAUUGGCGUUAACCAACCGAAGCGGCUCGAGAAGGCCAAAAUCCUUGUCGCCAACACAUCCAUGGACACGGAUAAGGUGAAGAUUUUUGGCGCCCAGCUCAAAGUCAGCUCGACCAACAAGCUGGCGGAGCUCGAGCGGGCCGAGCGUGAGAAGAUGAAGGCCAAGGUGGAGAAGAUCAAGGCGCACGGCAUCAACUGCUUCAUUAACCGGCAGCUGAUCUACAACUGGCCCGAGCAGCUCUUUACCGACGCUGGCAUCAUGUCGAUCGAGCACGCCGACUUCGACGGCAUCGAGCGCCUCGCCCUCGUCACGGGCGGCGAGAUUGCCUCCACCUUCGACCACCCGGAGCAGGUCAAGCUUGGCCAGUGCGACCUAAUCGAGGAAGUCAUGAUUGGCGAGGACACGCUGAUCAAGUUUUCGGGCGUGGCCGCGGGCCAGGCGUGCACCAUUGUGCUUCGCGGCGCGACCGACCAGCUGCUCGACGAGGCCGAGCGCAGCUUGCACGACGCGCUGGCCGUGUUGUCGCAGACAGUCGUGGAGCCGCGCACCACGCUCGGCGGCGGCUGUGCCGAGAUGCUCAUGGCCAAGGCCGUCGAGGGCGCGGCCACGCGCGUCGAGGGCAAGAAGCAGACGGCCGUCUCCGCCUUUGCCAAUGCCCUGCGCCAGCUUCCCACCAUCCUGGCCGACAACGCGGGUCUCGACUCGGGCGAUCUCGUCGCCCGCCUGCGCAAGGCCAUCUACGACGGCCUGAGCACCUACGGCCUCGACCUGAUGAGCCCCGGCGGCGGCAUUGCCGACAUGCGCGAGCUCGGCGUCAUCGAGAGCUACAAGCUCAAGCGCGCGGUGGUCAACUCGGCCAGCGAGGCUGCAGAGCUCCUUUUGCGUGUGGAUGACAUAAUAAGGGCGGCGCCCAGGCGGCGGGAGAGGUGA